AUGGAGCGGCCCGGGAGCGCCGAGGGGGCCUGGGCCGCGCUGCUGGGCCGGCAGCACCCGCAGGCCCGGGAGUUCUGCCCGGGGGUGAACAACCGGCCCUACGUGUGCGAGACCGGGCACUGCUGCGGGGAGAGCGGCUGCUGCACCUACUACUACGAGCUGUGGUGGUUCUGGCUGCUCUGGACCAUCCUGAUCCUGCUGAGCUGCUGCUGCGCGUUCCGGCACCGCCGGGCCAAGCUCCGCCUGCAGCAGCAGCAGCGGCAGCGCGAGAUCAACCUCAUCGCCUACCACGGUGCCUGCCAGUACCCCCCCUCCGCGGGGGACCUCCGGCUGUUGGCCUCCUUCAAGCUCCCUGCGUACGAGGAGGUGGCCCAGCGCCCCGGGACGCCGCCGCCGCCCUACAGCCCCGGGAGCCCCUCGCUGUCCCCCGGCUCCUCCGGGGGCUGCAGCUCCUGCUCCUGCGGCUGCUCCUGCGCCUCCUCCCCCAGCAGCUCCUCGCUGUCGGCGCCGGGCACCGACGAGACGGACCCGGAGCCGGGGCCGGGCCCGGGGGGCAGCACCGCCGGCGGCUCCAGCAGCACCGGCGCCAGCUGGGAGCUGCCCCUGCCAGAGGAGCCGCCGGCCUGUGGGGGCCCCUCCAAACGCGGCCCCCUGGACUUCCCCGAGGCCGAGGCCGGCCCCUGCUCCUACACCGAGGGGGGUGAAGAGGGGGUGGGCGGUGCGGCCCGGGGGGAAGGCGGCCCUGGGCGGCACCGGCGGCUCACGGGGGACUCGGGCAUCGAGGUGGGGCGGGGCCUGGAGGAGGAGGAGGGUGAGGCCGAGGGCUGCGGGGGGCCAGGGGGUGGGGGGGGCCUGGCUCACCUGCGCUGCCUGUCUGAGCCCCCCCGGGACCCCCUGCUGGGGUCUGGACUCACCACAGAGCCCCCGGGGGCCCCUCACCCCGACUGACCUCCACGGUGACCCCACUCAUGGUGUGGCCCUGCCGGAGCCCCCUCCCCUCCAAACUGCUUCUGGGCCCCCCACCCACCGUGCCCUUGGUGCUGCUGCCUGGGGGGGCCCCAUCGCCGCGGGGGGCCCAGGCAGUGGGGGUGGGUGGUCCUGGUGCGUUCUCUCACCAUUAAAGAGACGUGGAGGU